AUUACUCGUAAGAAACAAAGAGACGCAAAGACCAGACUUGUUGCAGGUGCAGGAUAGACAAAAUCUUCAUCUUUUUCCUGCAAUUUGCAGCGAUCAAAAGAAGAAGAAAUCGACGAAAAAGAAGCGCCAUUACUAUUUUCGUGAAGUCUGAGCUUCGAAUUCUCAGCCCAAACCCUAAUUUAUCGAAAAGGAGAAACGAAGGGGGCAAAUUGGGGGUGAUUUGGGGAGGAAGACGAAGAUGUGGGUGUUUUAUUUGAUAUCGUUGCCGAUGACAUUGGGGAUGGUUGUGAUAACCCUAAAAUACUUUUCAGGACCUCAUGUUCCUCGCUAUGUUUUCCUCACUGUUGGUUAUGCUUGGUUUUGUUCUCUCUCCAUCAUCAUUCUUGUCCCUGCCGACAUUUGGACGACAGUUAAUGGACACUACAAUGGGGUCAUUUCGUUCUUUUGGAGCUGGUCAUAUUGGAGUACAUUUUUGUUAACUUGGGCUGUGGUCCCCCUUAUUCAGGGUUAUGAAGAUGCUGGAGACUUCACAAUGACAGAAAGAUUAAAAACAAGUGUUCAUGUGAACCUUGUCUUUUAUCUUAUAGUUGGAUCUAUUGGCCUUGUUGGACUCAUACUCCUUUUCACUAUGGGCAGGAACCUGAAAGGAGGUGUUCUUGGUUUUGCAAUGGCCUGCUCAAAUACUUUCGGACUUGUCACAGGAGCCUUUUUACUUGGAUUUGGUUUAAGUGAAAUUCCCCGGAGCCUCUGGAAAAAUGCAGACUGGACAUUUCGGCAGAAACUGUUGUCCCAUAAGAUUGCGAAAAUGGCUGCGAAACUGGAUGAGGCUCAUCAGAAUUUCUCAAAUGCAAUUGUGGUUGCUCAAGCAACCUCUAACCAAAUGUCGAAGCGUGAUCCUUUACGUCCUUACAUGAAUGUCAUCGAUAAGAUGUUGGCUGAAAUGUUCAAAGAAGAUCCAUCCUUCAAGCCACAAGGAGGGCGAUUGGGUGAAAAUGACAUGGAUUAUGAUGCAGAUGAUAAAUCAAUGGCUGAGCUUAGGCGUCAACUUAGAGUAGCACAAGAGGCGUAUUAUCGGUACAAAAGUGAAUAUAUGACCUAUGUCUUGGAGGCCCUUGAGUUGGAAGACACCAUAAAAAAUUAUGAGCGACGCCAUGCUACCGGAUGGAAAUAUAUUUCAAGCCUGAGAGGCAGUCGUCCUGGCACAAUCGGCUCCUUCUUAGAUACUAUAGAGUUGUUAUGGUGCUGUAUCUUGAGGAAGCAAUUGCAGAAACUUUUGGCUAUCAUACUUGGUUGCAUGUCGAUUGCAAUUCUUUUGGCAGAAGCGACGCUACUUCCCAGUGUUGAUCUGUCUCUUUUCUCAAUUCUUAUCAAAUCUGUGGGAAGACAGGAGUUAUUUGUGCAGGUUUUUGCAUUUAUUCCUCUGAUGUACAUGUGCAUAUGUACAUAUUUUUCUUUGCUCAAAAUUGGAAUGCUGAUGUUUUACUCACUGACGCCAAGACAAACAAGCUCUGUCAACCUCCUUAUGAUUUGCUCGAUGGUCGCUCGUUACGCCCCGCCAGUCUCUUACAAUUUUCUCAAUCUCAUCCGCCUUGAUGGGAAUGCUAAAACUAUCUUUGAGAAGCGAAUGGGCAACAUCGAUGAUGCUGUCCCCUUUUUUGGGAGGAAAUUCAACAAAAUUUACCCGCUCAUUAUGGUUGUCUAUACAAUUCUGGUUGCUAGUAACUUCUUUGAUCGGAUGAUGGAUUUUUUCGGAAGUUGGAGAAGACUCAGAUUUCAAGGUGAAGCCGAGGAAAUGGAUGGUUUUGAUUCAUCAGGAAUAAUAAUCUUGCAGAAAGAACGUUCCUGGCUUGAACAAGGACACAAAGUCGGUGAACAAGUUAUACCAUUGGCGAGAAACUUCAACAAUGUCAACGUGGAUAUUGAGACUGGCAUAAAUAAGAAGGGCAAUGAUUCUGUUGAGAUGAAAGGAUCUUCAUCCAUGGAUGAUAUUAAAGGUAGUCUGGUGAGAACAUCGAAAUCCGAGGCUCGGCAAUCUAGUGGGAACAGGGAUGUGAUUAGCCAUAAGUACGCCGUAAUUAGAGAACAGAGCAAGCAAACAUCCAGCUCAAAACCUGCAGAAAAUAACACUAUAGCUUCUGCUAAAGUCUCAUUGUUGAAUUCUGAGAAUCCCGUUCCAGGAAAUGACCUAGGACGAACAUCUUCUUCCGGCAUGUCUUCCACGUGGCAGUCUAUGAAAUCGGGUUUCAACAAUUUCAAGACAAACCUCGAAUCAAAGAAGUUUCUUCCUUCAAGACAACUUCAAGAAACAAAACCCCUCUCCCACGAUUCCUCUUCUGAGUCUUUGGAUGACAUUUUCCAGAGAUUGAAACGUCCUACUUUAGAUAGCUCGACUUAUGUUGAUAAUGAUGAUGGUGUUGAUGAUGAUGAUGAUGAUGAUGAUGAUGAUGAUAUGGAAAUAAGGAAUUUUGGGUCAAAAAGAUGACAUUUUUUUCAAAAUGAAGAGAUACUCCACAUUUUGUAUAGGAACAGAUGAUUGUAUAGGUCCAGUGAAGGGGUUAGACGCCCGCGCACGAGCAAUUCUGAUGCAGCCUGUGAUUGUGAGAUUAUUUGAUGUUGCCAUAUUGCAGAUGAUCAACUGGAACUAACUCAUAGAGUAACAAUGUAUGUAUACGUACAUUUUGAAAGAUGAUUUAUACCAUGAAGAAACCCAACAUUACCAGAAAAUAUUUGUGAAGUUUUGUGGAUGUAAAUUAGGUUUUGGCAUUUUGGCCUUUAAUAGUCAAUUUUGAGUAUGUAUCUGGAAUACCAUUUAUACAUAUUGGUGUUAUUUU